AUGAGUACCGCAGUGAAAGCUUCAGUGAGGACAUCGUUCCCUCCAAAUCAAACACUCUACAUCACCAAUCUACCUUCGUCAAAGAUUCAAAAAGAUGAUUUGAGGAGAGAGCUUUACACAUUAUGCUCGACUUACGGGCCAGUUCUUGAUGUCGUAGCUCUUAAGUCAAUGAAGAUGAGGGGUCAAGCACAUAUUGUAUACAGAGAUAUUCAAACCGCGACUCAAGCUAUGAGAGCAUUACAAGGAUUUGAGUUUCUUGGUCGUGAAAUGGUUAGUUGGAAAUUUCACGUCUUCAUUCUUCGUUUGCUUGAAAUAAUCACGGCUGACCUUUAGCUUACUAGAAAAUUCAAUAUGCCAAAUCAAAGUCAGACACUAUUGCUAAAUUGGAUGGUACUUUCCGUAUGCCUUCUGCAGCAGCCGGUGCUGUGACGGCCACAGAAUUGCAGCAAAGCAUUUUUAAUGCGCCGCCUUCCGCAGCUAUCACAACAACCACCUUACCCCCUCCACCACCACCAUCAAGUCUUCAGGUCCCAGUUUCUGCCUCUGAUCAUGCUAUGGAAGAUGCAACGAGCCCAAGUGCAAGUGUUGCAGGACAGAAGAGACGCCGGGAUGAAGAGGAGGAGGAAGAUAGUGAAGGAGAUGUUGCCAUGGAGGAAGAGAGUGAUGAUGAUUAGCGACAAAUGGUAUUGCAUAACAAGGCGUUGGGGAUUUGAGGCGUAUUGGUCUUGGUCACAGAUUUAGCGGCUUAAAAGGAUCUAAACAGCUACGGCUCCUAUACAAUUCGCAUGUGAAGUAUAUUGACGUGUAAUGACAUGUCAGAUAUAGUCUGUGGGACUUUUUACAGUAAAAACGCACAUACCUAGUCUCUUGUGUUACGUUCGUACAACUAUUUUGUUGUUUAAUACUCGCAAAAA